AUGGUCCAUUCAGAGUAUGUGGACGACCCUGGUGAACCCUGUCCUGAACCUAAACCACCAGAACACUCUCAAAACAACACAAGAUUGUACAAGGAAGAAGUUGGCCUAGGAAACAAAUCAUGGAGCAGUGACACCGAUUCUGAAAUCAGUAUGGAAGAGGAUGAACGUGAAGAAGCUAUACAUGAAGGUUACAAACCUUUCCAGCAGGAAAAGAAGUCCAGCGUCUAUGGAUUCACCACAUACAACAGAGUGCCCAUUCAUUCAACACCAACUGUCCCAAGGAAGCAAAUCUUGAAGAGAAGUGAUAACAGAUACAACUCCUUAGUCUUUUCAGGAAAGAGCAAGGACCCUGAAAUGUAG